GAGAUAUACUGAACAGGAACAGCCGUCACUUUCACAGAGUCCCAGGGCGUCUCCAAACUGCAGAGCCGACGUGGGUGCGAUCUUUCAGCAGCAACCUGUCAAAUAGGCUAUUAGUGCAAAACAAUGAGAGAAAGUCUUCAUAAGAAGUGAUGUUAUGCAAAGUGAAUUACGAGCAGACUGGCCGGAGUAUCAGGAAGUAUGGCAGCGGCAACUCGGCAGAAAGCUGACUGUCGAGUUCCUCUUUCUGUAAGGCGCUAGAUCACCCCAGAUCUCUCCGAUUGCACUUUUAAUAGCGUGAUAUAAAGAAAAACAGCUUGGAAACAACGAUAAACAGCUGGGGAAGCAUUCCGACCGUCUUUGAUGGGAAGGAAUCAUUUGAGUCAAAGGGUCCAGACCCCCUGUGCAACCUUGACCAGGACAAGAUGUUGGAAAAUGGAUUUCGCUGAUGAAAACUCUUAAAUAAAGCUCUUCUUGGAAACAUGGGCUGUCAGAAGUCCAAGCUAACUGGGGAGCAGGGAACCGAAGCCGAAACAAAGAAGCGCCAGCCCAAAAAUUCGACUUCAGAUGGUCUUCUUCUGCCAGGUCAAGUGCUUGAGAAGAUGGAAGUGGCAGAGAAAGGGAAUUCUGGGAAAAUCGUGGUUGCUGUGUACCCGUAUGAGGCCGUUCACCCCGACGACCUGGGAUUCAAGAAAGGGGAGAAGCUGAAGGUGCUGGAGGAGAAUGGGGAGUGGUGGAAAGCCAUGUCUCUGACCACUAAGAAAGUGGGUUACAUCCCCUACAAUUACAUAGCCGAGGCCAACACCAUGGAGAUGGAGGACUGGUUUUUUAAGGAUAUCACCAGGAAAGACGCGGAAAGACAGCUUUUAGCCCCCGCAAACAAAGCGGGAGCCUUCCUCUUCCGCGAGAGCGAGACAUCCAAAGGAAGCUACUCGCUCUCGGUCCGUGACGUGGACAGCAACAACAUGGGCGCGGUCAAGCAUUACAAAAUUCGCUCCCUCGACAACGGAGGCUACUACAUUUCGCCCAGGCUCACCUUCCCCGACCUCAGCAGCAUGGUAAAGCACUACCAGAAGAAUGCCGACGGACUCUGCCAGAAGCUGGAGAAGCCGUGCGCCAAGCCGAAGGCCCAGCAGCCCUGGGACAAGGAUGCCUGGGAGAUCUCCAAGGAGUCCAUCAGGAUGAUAAAGAAGCUUGGAGCAGGACAGUUCGGAGAAGUGUGGAUGGCAUCUUACAAGAACACUACGACGGUGGCGGUGAAGACGCUGAAGGCGGGCACCAUGUCGGUGGAGGCCUUCAUGGAGGAGGCCAACCUGAUGAAGACACUGAGGCACGACCGGCUGGUGCGGCUCUACGCCGUAGUGACCAAGAGCGAGCCCAUCUACAUCAUCACCGAAUUCAUGGCCAAUGGCAGUCUGCUGGACUUCCUAAAAAGCGCCGCUGGCAGGAAAGUGCUUUUGCACAAGCUCAUCGAUUUUUCUGCACAGAUUGCAGAGGGCAUGGCCUACAUCGAGAAGAAGAACUACAUUCACAGGGACCUGCGGGCUGCCAAUGUCCUCGUCUCCGAUAGUCUGCUCUGCAAAAUAGCUGAUUUCGGCCUGGCGCGAAUCAUCGAGGAUAACGAGUACACUGCGAGAGAGGGAGCAAAGUUCCCCAUUAAAUGGACCGCCCCAGAGGCCAUUAACUAUGGAUCGUUCACCAUAAAGUCAGACAUGUGGUCAUUUGGAAUCCUUCUAUAUGAAAUCAUCACAUAUGGAAAAAAUCCUUAUCCAGGCAUGAGCAACAGCGAAGUUAUGACGAAUCUGCAGAGAGGAUACCGAAUGCCCAUCCCCGAGGACUGUCCCACCCAGCUCUACGAACUCAUGACGACGUGCUGGAAGGACAAGCCAGAGGAGAGGCCCACCUUUGACUAUAUGCAGAGUGUGCUAGAUGACUUCUACACAGCCACUGAGUCACAGUACCAGCAGCAGCCUUAGGUGGCGCUGGUGAGACUACCUGGGAUAAGCGUUUGUGAUUGAUUGAAAGACCCAACGAUCGAACAGCUGUACCCGUUUGCCUUUAUGCAAGCCAAAAAAACAAAAACUUUCAAAGGAUGGCGCUAACCCAACAAACUGCUUUUCUAUUCCUUACUGCUUAAUCCAAAGUCAAACCUUCUCUGAGGACAAGUUACAAGGGCUGGUUUGGACCACCUACAACAAAAGCAAGGCAAUGGGGCUAUUGGUGGGGGGUGCCACCUCAUCUACUACAUAUACAAGGAGCAAGACAGAGAACGGAAUACCUCCCCCCCCCACAAAAAAUAAAAGCGGAAAGAGGACUUGCAUUCUGGCAAGUAGAAUUGCUCACUUUGAAAUGUGGACAAAAAAAAAAAAAAAAAAAAAAAAAAAAAAGGGGUUUGUAUCAAUACCUUUCCUGUCUGAUUCCCAUUGCAAGCCAUGUUACAAUUACUAUAAAUUAAACAAUGUACAUAAUCUUAACUACUUGUGCAAUAAUUUGUAUAGAUGUCCCAGAUUUCCAGGGCAUUCCUAAUAUGAGCACCAUUAGGCUUUGCAUUUCCCCCCAA